AUGUCAGCCAUGAGCUUAAGAUCCCAUUCUUCUCGACUAAGUACGUGUGGGAUCAUAUUGAAUAGAUAUUAUGGCAAAAUACGAAGAGACGUUCAGUUUUCAAUGCAGCACAGAACUGUCGAAAAGCAGCAUCGAGUUCUCUAUAGAGGUUUAGAGAGGGAUAGGAUAUCUUAUAAUAAAGGAAAGAUUGAGAUUAAACCUAAUAUAAAGCAUUUACUAGUUCAAAUGAGGCUAGAGCAUGAAGGAAAGGGGAACUUGGCCCAGUUUUCAAACCAAGCCUUACCAAACCCAUUUAAAAUAAGUAGCCUACUAGAGCCAGUGACAUUCCAUUGUAUAAUUGCUCUUAAGAACGUUUUGAUAGAAGAUGGAGGUAGAAAUAUUAAUAUCGAACACCAGAAUCAAAGACAGAAAGAAAUCUUGAAUACCAUAGUAAGAAAACUAAUUGGUAAGUCCGAUUUCAAUGCAUUAAAGAGCUUGAUAGAAGCUCACUUUAAUAUAAAUAUUAGACAGCAAUGCGAUCUAUUAAUCUCGAAAUAUAGCUGUCAUGAUCCAAAAGAGCUUGAGAUCUCUGAAACGUUAGAGUUAUCGUUAUUCAGUUUCCUCUUAGUCUCCAAAAUGGGAUUUAAGAGCCAAUACACCAUUGAAAAGGAUUUGGUUUCUUGGAUGUCCUCGAUAAAAGCCUCAAAUAUAAGCGAUAGCUGUAACCAUUUGGAUCUGUUAUACAAUAUACCAGCUUUCGUGAGCUCUGAUAUUCUAUUAAGAACGCCCAUUUCGAAACAAGAAUAUGUUUUACAGCUGGAUAUCUGGGACGAAUUCAUUAAAUCUAUUUCAAUUGCAUAUCAUAAGCAUACUCAUCAUUUAAAACUUUGCAUCAAGAACCUCAUGUUUUAUGCGGUUCAGUUCAAUAUAAGCAAGCUUCCGAGCAUAACGUCUACGACUUUAAAGUUUUUACUCAGUACGGAACUGGGAUAUUCCUUUAAGAUAGUUACUGAGGAUUUUAUAAAUCUGUUGAUAUGGCAAAUAUCAUUCGAUUAUCAAAUACUGUCCUGCGAGAAUGGGGUUGAAAUGACAAACAUUAUCGUUGAAACACAAGAAAUCAUGGUAAAGUACUUAGCGAAAGUCGGGUCGCCUGACAAAAAACCCUUCGAAAAGUUAAAUUUAAGAGCUUAUAUGGGCAUCAUAUUGGCGAUAAGAAAUAUCUCGCCUGAGAAAGCAGAAAAGUUAUACCACGUUGCUGAGAAGAAACAUUUUUUGGGUCAGAUUUCAGGCGGUCCAAGAGACUCUAUAACGCAAAGUAUUACUAAAGUCUUUUUGUCUCAAUCGCCUGAUCAAUUACUAUACAACUUCAAUGAUUUGGCGACACAUAACUUACAUUCGUCUGCUCUUUGGUUAAGCUUCAUUAUGAAGCUUAAUGAAUUCGGAUUAAUGACUCAGGAACGAUCUAGAAAAAUACUAAUUGAACUCGUGAAACACUCGGAUAAAAUUUUAACCUCGAAGAAUAUCAUAUUACAUCUAAUCAGUCCCAUUAAGACCGUGGAUGGACUAAAUAAAUUUGUCCAAAUACUUCAGAGAGCUAAUUAUAAUUUAUCUGUUCACGCAAGCUCAAUUUUACCCAAGUACUUAUCAUUACUUUACGGUGAUGCAGCGGUCAGGGAAGGAGGAUACUGGUCAAACGAAAUUGAUUCAGGGCCCAUACAAAGUCUUAAGAAUGAUUUAGAUCCCUUCAGUGCAUUUUCUACUGCAGUAGAAUACGCAAGGUACUUAUAUGAUGUCGGAUUUCCAAGAAAGACCCCAAAAGUUGUGGGAAUUAUGCUUAACGGUGAGGUCAGCUUCAGUACUCGAAACGUUUUUGAGCUUUAUAAAAAAGAAUACUACGGUAGUAGCUACCUUUUUCCAAAUGAAUCGAGUCUCCGUGCUCUAAUGAGAGCCGCAUGUCUGGUGAAUUCUGAUCAUAAUAUAACCAUAUGGGACAACAUGUAUGCUCCUCAAAUUGCGGUCCAUGAGUUCAAAAAGCAAGUAAUAUCGCAAUUCCUGGAUUUUUCUUCAUCACAGCUAGAAAAUGACUGUAAAAUAUAUCCAUCAGACGAGCUUUGGCACUGUUACAUUCUGAUGCUUCAUUCCUUCGACUACAUUUCAGAACUUUCACUCAUCAUUCGUUGGUGGGAAGAUCUACGUUUUCGCCCAAGUCGCAAAUUGUUGCUCUUAUUGCUCAGGUCCCUUCCUAAGGAGUACGGCAAAAGGCAUAUUCAACAUAUGGCUAAAGUCAGAGCUGACAGUAGAAAUCUCAUUUCGACCUCCACUCUGAAGUCGGAGCAAGACAUUCUCAAUUGGGACUGGCCAGAUGAAGAUGAACUCAGAAGCGAGUGA